AUGCACUACUCAUGCUUACUCGCCCUUGUCUUAGCUGCUGUUGCACUCGCCAGGCCCCAUCCAGAUGGACCAGAGGCACUUUACCGACAAACUAAAGUGCCUGGUGGCAGAGCAAGAGGCAAUGGACGACGUUCGUUCCUCCCCAUGGACUUCGCAACAAAGCCUAACGGAAGAUUCGGCUCCGACUCAUUAGAUGGAGAUUACCCGAAAUCCGGUGAUUAUUCCAAACCGAGAGGCACUGAAGGGUAUGGAGCACCCACCGAUGGAAUUCGUUUGCACUCGAGCCCAGACUACUCUGCCUCCAGAUAUCCCUCAGAGCAAUCAGGCGAUCGUUUAGCGGGAGUCGAUGACUCUUUUGCGCAGGACGGCCGAGGAAUGCCUACGACUGGCGUCCAAGGUCUUGGAGAUGAUGAGCGAAAAACCGGAAGCUACCCAAGCACAAGGGACAGUCUCCCCACUGACCACGACAACUACAAACGUGAUGGGGGAAGUUCCUUCAUGGGAUUAGACAGCUUGAUGAGCUUGGGUGAUUCUUUUGCACAGAAAGGCAAAAGUGCACUUGGUGGCUUCCCAGGCCUCGCAGAUGACGAAAGAACCGAAAGCUACCCAAGAUCCAGGGACAGCUUCUCCAUGGAUCACGACAACUACAAGCGUGAUGGAGGAAACUCCAUCAUGGGAUUGGGAGACAGUCUAAUGAGCUUGGGUGAUUCUGUUGCACAGAAAGGCAGAAGUGCACUUGGAGGCUUCCCAGGCCUCACAGAUGACGAGAGAUCCGAAAGCUACCCAAGGUCCAGGGACAGUUUCCCCAUGGACCACGACAACUACAAGCGUGAUGGAGGAAACUCCUUCAUGGGAUUAGAUAGCUUGAUGAGCUUGGGUGAUUCUUUUGCACAGAAUGGCAAAAGUGCACUUGGUGGCUUCCCAGGCCUCGCCGAUGACGAGAAAACCGAGUCUUACCCAAGUUCGAGGAGCAGUUCCAUGGGCCGCGAUUACAACAAACGUGACGGAGGAGAUUCUAUCACGGGAUUAGGCGACAGCUUGAUGAACUUGGGCCAAUCGCUUGCCCAGAACGCUAGGGAUUCACUUGGGUCUGGCCGUCUUACAGAUGGGCAAGAAACGGAAGAUUACCCAAGUCAGAAGGACAGCUACAUGGGCCCCACUUACCAGAAGCGUGACUUCCUCUUUGGAGGAAUGGGUGAAGACAAGAUGGGCUUAGAUGGCAUCAAAGGACUGAGCGGCUUAGGUGGCAACCUCAUGGGCUCAGGUGAUUCACGAAGACCGAAUCGAUUAGGCGCUGAAAUGGGAGGGCCCCAUGCCGCCCAAGGCGGGGACCCUGAAGAUGAUCGCAUGACCGGCUCUGAGCGCCGAGGUGGCAGGCUCGGAAAUGGCAUCGCGAAGUCUGACAACGACUCUUACGGGGGUGCAGACCCUGAAAGCCCAGGCACUACAGGCAGGUUGUAA